GUUUAACAUGUAAGGAAACAAGCAAAGCAAAGAUUGACAGAAAGAAAGAGAAAGGAAAGGAUCAAAAGGAGCAGUGAAAUGUGAAGUGAGUUUGAGUAGUGGAUCGUUCUAAUUCUAUCUACGCCGAGAUUUUCCUUUCUUUUCCUAUUUGCAAAUCCUUGCUUUUCAAUUUUCUUCCGUUGCUUCCCAUCAUUCUCUUUCUCAUUCUCAUUCUCAUUAUCCUUCUUUCCUCUCAUUUUUUUUUUCUUUCACUCGCGCUUAUAAUAUGAGCAUAGUGCUCAUUUCAUUCUACUACCGGUUAUGAAUCCCAACGUGGAGCCACCACAACCGCCGCAGCCCCACCGUUCUUCUACUUCCUGUGACCGCCACCCUGAAGAGCAUUUUACUGGCUUUUGCCCCUCAUGCCUCUGCGAACGUCUCGCUGUUCUCGAGCCUUCUUCUGCUGCUGCUUCUUCUUCUUCGUCUCGGAAACCUCCCAUCGCCGCCACUACUUCCACCGCCACCGCCGCACUUAAAGCCAUAUUCAAGGCUUCCGGAGGAGGUGGUACGCGACCUGCGUUUUUUCCCGAGCUCCGGCGGACAAAGUCCUUUUCGGCCUCGAAAAACGAGGGUUUAUCCGGGGCUUUUGAGCCUCAGAGGAAAUCUUGUGACGUUAGGGUUCGAAACACGCUUUGGUCACUUUUUUAUCAAGACGACGAGAGGAACCCACAUAAAAAAGAAGCUGCAGGAAACGGAAGAUAUUGCGAAAUUGUUGAAGUUGAAGCUCGAACUUUGGGUUCUUCUUCAAGUGUUGUUCAAGGUCCUGUUUUUGAAAGCAAAGAAGAAUACAAAAAUGAGAGUGAAACCGAUCACGAAGACGACAUUGAGAUCAUAGAAGAAGAACAACCCAAUGUGGCUGUUCCUCAUGCGAGUUUAAUCGAAGAGAAAGUUGAAGCAAUUGUGGAAGAAUACGAAAAGGAACUGUAUCAAGAAGAGGAGCUGAAGCCCAUGAAGGAUCAUAUAGAUCUUGAUUCGCAAACAAAGAAGGCUUCUGGAAGAGAUUUUAAGGAGAUUGCUGGGAGUUUCUGGUCAGCUGCUUCAGUUUUCAGCAAGAAAUUGCAAAAAUGGAGGCAAAAUCAGAAGCUUAAGAAGAGGAGAAAUGGAGGUGGGUCAGCGAGAUUGCCAGUGGAGAAGCCGACUGGGAGACAAUACAGAGAAACCCAGUCGGAAAUUGCGGAUUAUGGGUUCGGGAGAAGGUCUUGUGACACGGAUCCAAGGUUUUCCCUUGAUGCAGGGAGGAUGUCAUUUGAUGCAGUAAGGAUGUCGUUUGAUGACCCAAGAUAUUCUUUUGAUGAGCCAAGAGCUUCUUGGGAUGGGCACUUGACCGGGAGAACAUUUCCAAGAAUGCCCACAAUGGUUUCCGUUGUGGAGGAUGCUCCAGUUCAUCAUGUUAUGAGGUCUGAUACUCAAAUUCCUGUGGAGGAUCCGCCGGCUAUGAAUUCCAUUGAUGAGGAUGAAUCUCGUCCUGGAGGGUCAGCUCAAACUAGGGAUUAUUAUUCGGAUUCUUCUUCUAGGAGAAGAAAGAGUCUUGAUAGGUCCGGUUCUAUCAGGAAGACUGCCGCAGCUGUAGUGGGUGAGAUCGAUGAAAUGAAGUCGGUUUCUAAUGCAAAGGUUUCUCCUGCAACUGUUGAUUACUUCCAUGGACCUAAACUUGUUGUGCCGGAUAGGGAUUCGAACUCGAAUUCUUUGAGGGAUGAUUAUUCUGAGGCUUUUGAGAUUGGCUUUAGAGACAAUGCAUCUGUGAUUGGGAAUGGGGAACGGAAAGGGUCAUCUAAGAAAUCGCGGAGGUGGAGUAUAGCUUGGAAUAUUUGGGGGUUUAUUCACAGGAGUGUUAACAAAGAUGAGGAUGAAGAUAGGUAUAGUAGAGCUAAUGGUGUGGAGAGGUCGUAUUCAGAAUCUUGGCCUGAGUUGAGAGGGGAACGGAAUGGAGAUGUGAGAGGGGGUUUUAAUCCAAAGGUUUUGAGGAGCAAUAGCAGUGUAAGCUGGAGGAAUUCGAGCAGUUUUGGUGGUGCAAGGAAGAAAUGCGUUGAGCCAAACGGGCAUAGUAAGAAGAGAGAUGAGUUUGUGUUGGAGAAGAAUAGGAGUGCAAGAUAUUCACCAAAUAACAUUGAUAAUGGACUGUUAAGGUUCUACUUGACACCGAUGAGGAGCAGCCGGAGAGUUGGGUCAGGCAAAAGCAAGGCAAGCCAUGCACAUUCUAUUGCGAGAAGUGCACCGAGGUUGUACUGAAUUUGAGAUUCGUAAGAUGUUUCUUUGGUUUAAUGUUGUUAAUUUUGCUGCAUUUGUUUUGUAACCACACGUGCCUAUGUAUUCUUGCCGGUUGGUUGGAUAAAAAAAAAAGCACCCUAAAAUUGUUGCAGUUCUUGUGAGCGGCAUGCUUCUUCCACUAUUCAAAUAACAAAUUUUUCUUUGUUUCUUGUUUCGAAUCACAUUUUGUUAAAUUUUUUGAGUCUUUCCUUUCUUCUGUUCUCUUUUACCAGAAAAGGUUUGGACAAACAGAAUAUAUGUGCAGAUAUAAUAGAGAUGUGAUCCCUUAGAUCAGUUUGGUUUCUCUUAUUUCUUUGUCUCAUACAGAGUUGGCUGAUAGGUGGUGAAGGCUGAAAAUUUUGUACGAGUAUGUUACCCGUGACAUUUGGCAUGUUGUAUACUGUUGUGGAAGUGGGCUUAUGCGCCUUGAAGUUUCUAUUUGUCACGAAGUGAUACACAGGAUAAGAAAUACGGCCAACUUAUGCUAUAUACACAAAUUAAACUAACUUGCAUGCAAAUCUUGUAAUAAUGAGUUUUAUGAGAAGGAUUGUAGAAGAUUGGCUGUACGGCCUCUCAAUAUGAAAUUGCUCGAUCUGGAUCUCAUGAUUGCUUUCCAUCAUCCUACUGCGAAUAGAUGUGGAUGUAAUGGCUUUUGAAAUAUAUUUAGCUUCUGUUAUGCUCGCAUUUCACAGUGGUAAAACCUUUGCUUUUAAAUGUUUUUUGGAGUUUGGGGCUUCUGCUAGUGCAUACUUAGCAGCCAGCUUCAAAUGGCCAGUUUCUUUGAAACUGCAAGUUUGGUUCUCUGUAUUUAUAAAAUCAAUGAUGGAGCUGGACUAGUUACCCAAUCUAUCAGUCCAUACAAGUUAAUCUCAUUCAUGCCAUAUUCAGCAAAAAAAGAAAAAAAAAUCUCGUCCUCAUCCUCAGUAGAUUUUCCAACAAUGGUUCACUUUCUCUACUUUGUUGCCGCUCAUGUUAAAGCUCACAGCCUG